UUAUUAUGCCUUGCUGGUCACUGGUAUACUUUAUAAUGCAAUUGAGGAAAGAUCCUAUACCUGUCCUGCCUAUUCAAUGUUUUAAAGAUUUAUAAUUAUUUAUUAUCCGUCACAUUGCUCUUGAACUUGAUUUUUGUAAAUUUGUGUCCGGUGUUCCUCGUUCGUUCUGUAUUUUAAAUAUUUUGUCCUCAUUUUACGGUGUACACAUUUGUUCAUAUUGUAUUAUUAUCUCAGAAGAAUAAAAAAUGACCGAAGCUGUGGUGAGUGGAAAAGAUACCCGCUGUUUAUUCAUUAACAAUGGUGAUGAUUUGUUGACUUUAAAAAAAGUUGUAUCCAAAAAAACAGACAAAGACGAUGAAAAACUUAAUAAAUCUGUAGAAACCAAUGGCAGUGAAUUAAAUGGAAACCACAAUAAAACUGAUAGCAUAAAUUUUGAUGUCGAUAAUACAUCAUCAUUAGAACCAAAUUUAGAAAUGGAUAGUGAUACAGAUCGUAAUAUUACUAUUGGUUCAAUUUGCACCCAAGAAGAUCGAGAAUCAGAAACUAUUGAUAUCUCUAAUGAAAAUUCAAAUGAAGCCGAUGUAAAAAACAGUGAAAAAGAUAUUCAAGUUAAUUCAAUCAAGUGUCUGGAUAUUCCAUAUUCUCCUAGUGAUUCUUUAUACGAUAAUGAUUCACACGAUUUGGAAUAUGAUGAUUCAGAAUUAAAUAAUAUUGAGUCACCUGCGUCUUACUUUAAUAUAUCAGCUAGGGCGCCAUUACAUUCUUAUAAAGAUUUAGACACUACGUUUGAGGAUGAUAUUUUAUUACUGGAAAAAGAAGUAUUAAAUAAUGAACGAAAAAGAAAAUUUGAAGAUUUAGCAGAACAAGAACAGAAGUCUACUAAGAUAAUUAAAUUGUGGAACUUGAUGAAAUAUCCUUUUCAAAAAAUAACUUAUGGUACUUCGAUAAGUGAAGAUAAAUCAAAUAUUUCUAUAGCUGAGAUCAUAGUUGAAAAAGAGAAUUCUGUUGAACCCGAGACGGCUGAUUGUGAAAGCAACAGUGAUAAUGCAAAAAAUGAAGAAAAAAACACUCAAAACAACGUUGAGUCAGGUGAAGAUAGUGAGGAUACUUCAAUAAAUGUGAAUACACAAAAAUUCUGUAACAUAAUGUAAUAUUAAUUGCAAGCUGUUAAAUUUAAUUAUUGUAAUAUUCUUGUCUUAAAGAAAUGUAUGUUCAUCAAAUAAUACGUUGAAUAUUUUGGUUUUUUUGACUCAAUUGGUCAAUUACAACGUGUGUUUCCUCUUUUACUCAAAUUUUUAUUUUUGUUUUUAUUACCCGUACCAUUAAAUUUAAAUUAUGAAUGAUCAUUUACAGUGUCUUAGAAUUACUGAAGAGAUAGAUUUUUCAUUGUAAUUUUUUUAAUUUUUUGAACAUAUCAAUAACAAUUCUUUAUGUUCUAACUAACAUUUAACUCUUUUUCCUUGCAUAUUUAAAUGCAGCAUUAUGUUCCAAAUUGGUUGAAUAUCAAUAACUGUUAUAAAUUUAUGUUAAAUUACAGUAAGUAUUAAUUAUGAAAAACAACAUAUUUUAUAUGCAUUGAAAUAUAUUUUUCAAUAUGUUUACUUUUUAAUCAUGUUAUUGUUUUAUUUUUCAAGGCGGUUAUUUUUAUUGUAUUUCAUUAUUUUUUUUGUCCAAGUAAUAACCUUAGAAAAGUUGAUAAGAAUAUUUAUCUAUCUUUAAUUAUUUACUCCUAGUGGUUGUUAAGACAGAGGUAUUAGUAGUAC